GGGCGGUGUCGGUGUGAUGGUGCGGGCGUCCACGGUGCUGCUGCUGGUUGCUCUGGCUGGCGCCGCCGCCGUGGACUCCGAGCUGGGCGUCGGGAAGGCCAUCAACAUAUUCAUGAGAUAUGGCUACCUCAGCAUAUGCAUGCGAGUCGUGCCGCGAAACGACACCGAAGGCUGGGUGUUCCGCGAGCCAACCGUCAGCGUGUUCCGUGACGUGGAACGCUUUACAGUCGCGCCGAAGCCUCGCCAGCCGAAGACGCUGUUCGACGGAGACUUCCACAUGGAGUUCUGCGAUAACUUGAAGCAGCUGCUGCAGGCGUACUUUAGGGAUUUUACUUUUGAAAGAUUGGAGCGGCCAUGGCGUGCGUUCACGGCGGGCUGGCCCACGGACAUCAUGGCGCGGAACCUCGGCAUCAACUCCUCCUUCAUCAACGGCGACCACUGCUAUGUGCUGGUCAGGGUGUCAAGAUUCCGCGAAACAGCGAAACUAAGCGACUUACCAUCCAACAUUUCGAUCGAGGACGUGGUGUUCGAGGCCAUCCAGGAGUCCGCUAUAGGAGACACGGUGUCCAUUGCCGACUUCAUUCGCAAGUACGGCUCGCACUACAUAGCUUCGUACGUCACUGGUAACUCCUUGUAUCAGGUGUUCGUAUACACAAGGAGCGUGUACUCCAGGAUUAAGGAGCGUGUCAAACUAAAGGGCGUGUCAGACAUCCCGCAGACGGAGAUGAACAACUUCUUCUCGCCGAUAUUCGCGCAGCAUGUCGGAGCUGUCAAGGUGUUUGUGUUCUCUAGAACGGCCUACUCUAUGAUUAAAGAGCGGCUAAAGAGCAAGGGCGUGGCCGACAUUACUGCCAAGGAAUUGGAAGGGUAUUUCUCGCCUUGGCACGCGAAGCAUAUAGGCCAGAUCAAGGUCGCCAGUGGAAAUAAAACAGUUGAAAGCUGGGCAAUGAAGCGACUUCGAGUCCACUACUACAUAUUCUCAUACCCCAGCCUUUUAAAACUUCAUGGAGAACCAGCCCUACUGAGAAACCUCGACAGUCUCCUAGGAAACGAAGCCUUAUUACAACUAGAAUUAAAGACAUUAUCGCCUGCCUUCAAAGAUGUCAAGAAGAAAAAGUGGUUCGAGGAGGUCAUAGACAAUUAUUUAAAAUUGUGGGAGAGUAAUAUGUGAUGAACGGAUACAAAUAGGUUAAUUAAUUGUAGACAAUAAAUUGUAAUUUGUAAUGUGAUAGAUCAAUACAAUGAAUUGACGAUGAUGGGUUAAGGUCAUUUACAUUGCUACGUGCCAUGCGUGAUUCAUAAAAAAUACUGUGUCUGUGUCUGCCACGUACUAAUGUGAAUAUACCUUUAGUAUUAGUAUUUUGAUGAUCAUCAUAGGUAAUUUAUAAUUAACUGGUCACAAAUAGAUUGUAAUAAAUAAGUAUAGAUGGCAUACAAUAUUUUGCUAUAGUAACAUGCCAAAUACUUAUAACUAAUAAAUACCUUCCUAAAUUUAUUUAUUUGACUUCUAUUUAAUGAAUUUACGAAGUACAAUAAAUGGAAUUAAAAUAUUAAAUGUAGCAGGUCUGCAUUUACGUAUUUCACAUAGUUUAGAACUUAGUUAUUUACAAUUUUUCAAUCAAAAUUUCCUUGUAGACAAUACUGAACAAAUGUGAUCAUAAAAUAUAAUUAUUUUAGGAUAUCAAAAUUAAAUUAAAAUGUUCUACUUAUUAUUAUUAUAGUGAAAAAUAUAUUUUUGUAAAUAUUUUGUAAUGAAAAGUGCCUUAGCAUUAUGAAUAUUAUUAUGAAAAUAUAUUAUAAAAUUAAUUUAAUGAAAUAAAAUCAAGGAAUGUUAAAUAUCUUAAAAAUACACUCCCUUGCAGGAUAAGUGCAAUAGUAUGUAAAUUUAAUAGGUCCUUAGAAGUCUUUAAAAAUAAAGAACGACUACUUAACUUAAGUACUGCAUCGAAUAAAGAAAAUCAAUUAAUUCGUUUUAUAAUAUUUAAUUUUAAUCUUCUUAUUUUAUAGAUGAAAAUUAUGAUUUACAUGGUAGGCACCUCGAAAUAAACCUAUUUUACGAAACUGGGAUCAGAAUUAUAAAGACUGGUGAUACAUCACAAAACACAAGCCCACCACAUAUUUUAUUUUGGUUUUGUGUUAUUUUUUUUUAAAUUCUAUGUAAUCAUAUUGUAGAUUUUGAAAGAAUAAAAUUAUAUUAGUCAUGUUUACACUACACAUCAAUAAUUAUUUACCUACCUGACAAAGUUUUUAUGAUUUUAUCUAAGCGAUGUUUUUUCGUGGAAUAAUGAUAAUAAUUUGUGACAACAUUCUUUGUACUAUUUAAAGUCAUCCAGCCGAACUAACGAUUUUGAAA